CUGCAAUCGAUUAUCUGAAAUCAUCUCCACGGGGUGUUUCGGUCCAUCAUGUUUGCUCUUCGUUGCGCCACUUCGCGCGCUUUUGCACACCCCAGCAAACAGCUUGCUACAAUUCGUAAUCCUUCGCGUGCCAUCAUCUCACAGAUCUCUAAACCUACUCUCCAACGAUCAUUCUAUCAAGCAAGAUGGCUUGCGGAGGAGCGGAGAGUCGGAGCUGCAGACGGCGAAUCACCGACCAGUCCUCUGUCCUCUGAAGAGAUGUCAGGAAACAUCAGAGAAGAGAGCGUUGCUUCAUCACAGGUAACGGGAGGAGUGCAAGGUGCGCUUCGCAGCGCCGCCGCUACAGUGGGAGAUUCGCUAUCUGCCGUAUCGGAUGCCAUCACUUCAAGCCCUAGAAGAUCCGGAGGACAUUCGCAGUUCACCGAAGGGAGGACAAUCUACAUCGGCAACCUGUCAUUCGACGCCAAAGAUGCGGAUCUUGAAGCGGAAUUUUCCCGAUUCGGAAGCAUCACUUCAGCGAGACUGGCCGCUGAUCCCUCAGGUCAAUUGCGUGGAUUUGGAUUCGUCGAGUUCUCAACUCCCGAGGAGGCAACCGCGGCCAUCGAAGGUGCCGAUCAGAGACAAUUCUUGGGCAGACGGAUGAAUGUGCAAUUGCACGUACCCAAGGUUCGCCCGGGUCAGGUCGGAGGCAACCGCGGCCGCGCGCCUUCUUCGAAUGGGCCUAGCAAGACUUUGUUCAUUGGUAACAUGCCGUUCCAGAUGAGCGACAAGGAUUUGAAUGAUCUCUUCCGUGAAGUCAGCAACGUCAAAGACAUUCGUGUCGCGAUUGAUCGACGCAGCGGACAGCCUCGUGGCUUUGCGCACGCUGAUUUCUUUGACGAGGAGAGCGCCGCAGCAGCCAAGGAGAUUCUUCAACAGAAAAGUGUCUACGGCCGCAACCUUCGGGUCGACUUCACCGAGAACUCGAAUCGCCGCCGUAACAACCCCGACGAGUAAAUCGCGACAGGCCGCGGUCCAGAAUGAAUGCAAAUCCGAUUGAGUUUGACAGUUCGAAAGGGCAUUGUAUGAGAUGAAAAGGACAAGGAUAUGCACUUCAUCGUCGGCACAACAAGCAGUGCCGGCAUGAACGCCAGACAGUCGACAAAUUCGACUGAUCGUGUGUGUCAAAAAGCGGAGGAGAUGUUUUGUACAUGUAUCUUGGUUGUCAGCCCACGACCUUCAGAGUGCAAAGCCACUUUUUUGUUGUAUUAGUAAACUAUGAUCGUCAUUUCAACUGUAUUAUUCGCCUCUAUGAAACGAAGAGCAAUCGUGAGGG